AUGCAUCACAUCAACUCUUCUCUCGCUUCUCUACCAGUGCGCAGAGACGACAGAUGUUCGCACGCUAGCGGCAGACAUAAAGUAGCAUCUUCGCACAUGUUCCAACAAUGGAUUGUGGACGUACGUCGGCGCUCAAAUGAACAGGCUUUCCUGGCAUGAGAGAGCCGAGGUCACGAUGUUCAUGGUCACCUGCCAUACUUUGACAGGUACAUACCACGCCCACGCCGCCCUUGAGCCAAUGA